UCACCACAGUUCAACCAAACUCCUGCAGGGGCAACGAUUGCACGACGAGAGUCUCUAGGAUAGAAGAGGUGAGGGCGCCGCGGGAACCCGACGACUCUAACGGUUAGGUCUGGUUCGUUGGACGAUGAGAUCCUGAGACGCAGACGUUGCUAGUUCGGCUCGGUCCGUCAGUGUAGGUAGGCAAAAUGGAGCAAGGCAUUCAGAGAAUCGACUACCGCCUCCUUCAAGGCUGCUGCCUCGAAGCUGAGCGCGCCGACAUCAUAUCGGUGAGCCUAGAAGGGCUCCGCAUGGCUCUUCCUGAGGCAUACGGAGGCACCAUCACCAGUCUUGUUGACGAGAUACGGAGGUCUGCAAGGAAGCUGAGAGACUUGGCGGAUCUAUCGCAGAUGCAUUUCACCAGGGUCCCAAUUUUGCUCAACUACCUCGACGUCAUUCUUCCAUGUUAUUGCAAGACACUUCGCGACAUCACCGAGUUUUACGAAGAUCGGACCGUGAGUAAGGACAUGCGAUGGCGAAGGAUGUACCACAAGAUGACACAGGAGGCCGGUGGCCUGCCACUACCUCAGCGUUUCAUGCUCUACAACUGCUUUUUAGAGUCCCUCCGACACCUUCUCAUGAGGUCGACACUCUUUGACCUCAAUGGCUUAGAGACGCUUCGGACUAGGAUAAUCAAGUUGAGAGAAGCAAGAGGACUCCCCACGCCAACAACUCAAGUCGGGCCUGUCCUUCGACCGGAGAUUAUGCUCAGACCAACACCUCAGGAUCCGACAUUACACUGGGCAGAGCAGAUCUUCUCACUCCCGCUCACCUCCCGAACGGCUUUGAAGCACAUCAGGCCAUCGACAGCUUAUGGUCCUUUCCAGACGUGGGGACAACUGAAUAUUCCCAAACAGGUCAAGAUGCUGUUCAGAAGACCAUUCGACGAGGAUCGCCUUGCGUUGAUGACCUACCUAAAUCAUGUUAACCAGACCCCCUACUUUCUCCUCAGGACAUAUCACCUGGGGGGCCAGUGGUUCUCACUACUUGGUGCCCACGAACUCUGCAUAAGGCGGGAAGGCAGCGCCUUGCUACUGGACCGAUACAGUCAUUCUCAAAUGGGCCUCAAACUAUGGGCAUCUCUCUACUUCAAAACCUGGGAGGAAUUGGUCCUAUUCCACUGCACGUUCGUCUCUCUCAAGGCUCGGAUUAUCUUGACGAGCAGAAUGAGCCCAAGGGAGUUCAAGCUCGGAAGUGAAUCCCGACUCUUCCAAGCCCAAAUCCUCGAUGACGGCUUCAAACAUUCACUUAUUGUCUACCGCGACCUUGUCACCCAAGGCCUUCGUCUUCAAGCUUCAGUGUGGGAUGGCGAACUCAAGAAUUGUCCAGUUUGGACUGCUUUCGUCACCCACCAAUCCGCCUCUCCGACCUGGCUCGUACGCAAAUCAGACCACCGCAUCUGGCUCAAAGACGUCCAGCUUUACGUCUUUUGCCAACAGUAUCAUCAGCAGAAUCAGAGGAAAGGCUCCUCGGCCGGCGCCUUUGAGAUCGACUUUGUCUCCGAGAUGGGCGCGACGCGGUUCAUUGAGGAAAUACAGUCGCAGGUGGAUCCCUCCGAGGCAUCCACAGACACCAUGGAAGCUAUCGAGGACGCCAGAUAACUUUCAAACGGUGACGAGCUUCUUCAAGGCAAGGGUGUAUAUAUAUACCCACUCCGACUCCGGACCAAUAUGGGGCACCUCCUUCACCGACACCUUCCACCCCCAGGAGGUUACCAUCCGCCGUUUUGCGGGCAGAUGCCCCGACAAAUUUGCGGGACUCGAAGAGUAGGUGAGUAGACAUCCACCUACUCUCAGUCCGGCAUGUUACUCGCCCAGCCUCUGUCUCCUCCACGUUUCCCAACGAAGAACUACUCUAAUGAGCUCUGACACGCGCAACUCUGAUACUUUCGACGAAUUUCUACGGCCGUCUGCUUUUUUUCCCUUUCAGCUUGGACAAUUCCAAACGUAGCUUCAACAUACCGCAAGGGAUAAGCGAGCGAAUGUUUUGUAU